AUGGUGCCAUCCGUCUCUGACGUGCGAGACGCCAUCGCUUCGAUGAUCGUCAGCAAGGAAGCCAAAGUCACGCCCGACGACAAGACUACUGAAGAUCCUCGCGACUCGAACCUCCACCGCGCCAUUCAUACGCACCCGUACGGUGGUGCUGCCAACCUUCGAGAUGUCUUUACCAACCAAGGUGAGUUUGUUGCUGCUUUCCCUAUUCGAGGCUAG